AUGCCGCCGGUCUUCUACAAGAGGGGCUGGGUGGCGGAUGCGCCAUCAGGGGUGCUGCAGAGCGCAUUGGACAGGGCCGGCGCGGCUCCAGGAGAGGCCUCAUUGGGCGAGAUCCAGGACGAUGAGGGUCUGCCCUGCUGGCGUCGUGAUGGUGGCAACUGGGUUCUGGCACUCCAGAACAUCCCCGAUCCUGGCGUCGUGCAGGUCGAUGCCUCCGAAGAGGCUCUGCGCUUGAUUUUGGAUGGCGCUGCCCUGGAAAUGCCCUGGCCACGCCCCGUGACGCGCUGCGAGGUGGACAGCCUGGAGGCAAAGUUCUCCAAGAAGAAGUGCGAGCUGCGCGUCUGCCUUUCCGACGUGGAGCCAAGAGAGGAGUGCUUGCCAGCAGCCGGCCUUCUACCUUUGCAGAGGCCGGCGGAGGCAGUCCCCUCCUCCGCACGCGUUCAGGAGCUACCAGAUCUGUCAGUACCAGCGGUGGAGGUGCCAGACGUGCCGGCCAGGUUUUGGGCCGGGCAGAGGCCAGCGAUGCCCGCCAGAGCAGCCCAGCGCGUGGUUUCAGGCUACGCGACGGACCCUGACAUGGCUGAUCUGAACGUGCUGAUCCUACACUCUGCCGCCUCCAACGGAGAUGUUGCACGAGUCCGCGCGCUGCUGGAGGCUCGUGUCGACCCAGACAGCUGCGACGAGCGGGGCGCUUCGCCAUUGGAAAAGGCCUGCCUGGCCGGCCACCUGGGCAUGGCAGAUCUUCUUCUCUUGCACGGCGCUCGUGCUGAGGGCCUGCCUGGAGCACAGACCACGCCGCUUCACCGCGCGCUGUCCAUGGGUGAGAGGCCCGGCCUUGAGAAGUUGGUGGAGCUCCUGCUGGACCAUCGGGCCAAUCCGAAGAUCAAAGACGCGGCCGGGCGAUCGGCCGCAGACAUGGCGCGUGAGCUACGCUGGCCAAGGUCGCUGCUGCCAACUUGA